CAAUAAUGCGCUUUCUUCUCUGCGUUUUCUACCUCGUUCAAAUAAUCCAAGCCGCACCUACUACUAAUUCAACUACUAUCGGUAGUGGUUUUGAAGCGCUAUUAACCGUGGACGAGAGAACCCGGUGGAGCAUUAUCGUGACCUGCACUCUGACUUUUUUCGCGUGUAUAUAUAGCGCCAUUCAUCCCAAUAUUCCGAGUCCUCAUGACAGCGACUUUCGUAUUCAAUGGCGACGGUUUGGCCUCAUGGUAGUCGCACUACUCGCUCCCGACCUGAUCGUUGGAUGGGCUCUGCGCCAGUGGCUCUGGGCUCGUCAUAUUACAGCGCAGUUUAAGGAGUAUUUCAAUUACACAUGGACUCAGACUCACAGCUUCUUUGCUCUGAUGGGCGGUUUCAUGCUUUAUGUGGACGGGAAACCCUACCAAACACUAUCACCUGACCACCUUCUCCAUCUGAUACAACAUGGGUCUAUCUGUGGUCCGACCCUGACGGAAAAGCAGAUCUCCGACCGGAGCAAAGGGAAUGUGAUAUCCAAAGGAUCAAUCCUCCUACAGGGGUCUUGGUUUACUCUGCAGCUCCUUUCCCGCGCAAUCUAUUACCUCGAGCCCACACAGUUUGAGGUGGGGACACUCGCGUUCGUGGUUCUCAACUUCAUCACCUAUUCUGUGUGGUGGGAUAAGCCUCUGGAUGUGGAUUGUCCGCAUCCAGUCUACUGGAAGUCAACCAAGCCAAAGCCAGAGAUUAAGUCUUAUGAUAUCUCCGAAAAUGAUGAUCUUCCGCUGCCUAUGGAGAUCAUGGUUGUUUUAACCGGUGAAAUGAUUUUGAAAUUAUUCGGCAUUGAUGUCUUGUCCCCUCGAAAGCUACGAGUUGCGACGUUUGAUGGCAUCCACAACGUUAAACUAGAACCCUGGGAAAGCAAUGCUCUGACAUUUGGUGGAUUUGGAAUCGCAACCGUCUUUAGUGGCAUCCACUGUAUCGCUUGGCCUUAUGUCUUCCCAUCAUACGAAGAACAGCUCUUAUGGCGCACGAGUGCCGCCACUAUAACUAUCAUACCCUGAAUUGGUUUUGCGGUGGGCUUCAGUCUCUUUAGAUGGAGAGUCAAACAAAAGGAUUCGAUCACGUUUAAAGUCUUGCUCUUAACGUGUCCUGUGCUGUAUAUCAUGGCGCGUGUCAGCCUUUUCAUACUUAUGUUCACCACAUUACGCAAUCUUCCUCC